CCUCCGCGCGAGGCGAGGCAAGGCGCUGGCCCGGCAGGCCCAGGCGGGGUCGGCCUGUUAAGGAGGCCGCCGACCCGAAGGCGCUCGGUUCUGCCCUGCGCUCCUCAGCGCUGGGGAAUGGUGCCCUAAGCGAAAGUCCGAAGUUCAACAUUGACUUUGUUGUAGCUCUGCUGAGGCAAGAAAAUGCUAAAGAUAUCUGUGUCAUCCAGCUACCUCCAGAAAUAAAAUACUGUAAUUAUUUUAUAGUUGUGAGUGGAUCUUCAACACGACAUCUCCAUGCAAUGGCACAUUACAUGCUGAAAAUGUACAAGCAUCACAAAGAAGAAAGUGAUCCUCAUACUCACAUUGAAGGCAAAGAGACAGAUGACUGGCUGUGCAUUGAUUUUGGUAGCAUAGUGGUGCAUUUCAUGCUGCCAGAGACACGAGAAACUUAUGAAUUGGAGAAGCUAUGGACUCUCUGUUCCUAUGAUGACCAGUUAGCCCAGAUGACUCCACAGUUGCUGCCAGAAGACUUUAUAUUUGGACUGAUUCCUAACAGCAGAGAUCAUCUUGAAACAAUAACUUAA